GUGGUACCUUCCAUUUGGGGGUCGGAGUUCAUAAAUCCGGAGUGUGCGCCUUGUAGUUGCCGGGUUUUUAAAUUGUGGAAAAGGUGUAAUAACAGUUUUUAGAGUUGAAGAAUGUCAUCUGAUUCCGGCUACGGGCAGCCUGGGGCGCCACAACCAAGCUACGGAAGCUACGGAGCUCCCCCGCCCCAGGGCUACCAGCAAAGCGCGCAGGGCUAUGGCCAGGGGAACGAUGGAGCAUCAUUUGGUGCCUACAGACAGUCAGAGGGGUACGGGCAGACCGCACAGACGUACCCGGGGUACGGGCAGCAGCCCCCGGCCCAGCCACAGGCAGGGUACGGCCAAUCCCAGCCCCCCCAGCAGAGCUACAGCCAGCCGCCCCCGGCCGCCCCGCAGACCUACGACCCCUACGCCCAGCAGAGCUCCGACUCGUCUGGAGGGUAUGGUGACAAAUCCUCGUCCUACGGUCAGCCUCGUGGAGGGUACGGGAGACGCAAUGACGGGGAUUAUGGGAGUGACGGCCGGCGGCCUAGCGGAGACGAGGGGGGCUACGAUAGGUCUGAGGGGUACCGAGGGCGCGGGCGAGGAGGCUACGACCGGGACGGCCGCGGCAGCAGUAUGGGAGGUGGUGACCGUGGUGGCUUCAAAAAUUUCGGUGGCCCCAGAGAUUAUGGACAGAAAAAUGAUUCAGGAGGGGAUCAGGACAACUCGGACAACAACACCAUCUUCGUCCAGGGCCUGGGCGAGGAAGUGAGCUCACAGGAAGUGGGAGACUACUUCAAGCAGAUCGGCAUCAUCAAGGUGAAUAAGAAGACCGGCAUGCCCAUGAUUAACCUGUACACCGACAAGGCCACGGGCCGGCCCAAGGGAGAGGCCACCGUGUCCUUCGACGACCCCCCCUCCGCCAAAGCCGCCAUCGACUGGUUCGACGGAAAGGAAUUUAACGGGAAACCCAUCAAGGUGUCCUUUGCCACGCGGAGGGCAGAGUUCACGCAGAGAGGAGGUGGAAGUGCAGGGGGCGGGGGCAGAGGGCGUGGGGGUUACCGAGGUGGGCGUGGCGGUUUCGGAGGGGGUGGCGGCCCAACGUUUGACGUGAAGGGCGGAGACUGGCCCUGUCCAAACAGCUCCUGUGGGAAUAUGAACUUCGCCCGACGGUACGAAUGCAACAAAUGCGGAGCGCCAAAACCAUCAGACGGGUUUGGAGAUCGCGGUGGGCGUGGUGGAUACGGUGGAGACCGCGGCGGGGGCUUCCGGGGCCGAGGGGGGGGCUUCCGUGGAGGAGACCGGGGGGGUGGCUACAAGAUGGGGGGGAGAGGGGACCACAGAGAUGACCGGAGAGACCGGCCGUACUGA